ACCUCCCUCUCCCCUCCCGCCUCUGCUGUACCGUGGGAGCCCGGCCAGCUGCCCAGGGUGGCCGGGCCUUGGCUCCGCCGGUGAAGACACCCCCGAUGCCAUCAGCAUCUGGGGAGAAGGAUCCACAAGUUACUCCGAGUCCUGCGACGGGGCCUCCUCUGCUGCAGACUCUCAUGCCUGUUAAUGCCACAGGAAGUCCUGCCAUAGACCCGAGGCUGGCGCAGCAGUCUUGGCCCGGUCAUGUAGUACUCCUGCGCCCUUGUGCACCUUGGCCUCCUCAUGUGCCAGUCCCGCUGCUGCUUCCGCAGCAAAAUGUGGAUGCUAUGGCGGAUGUGGCUGCAGCAGAUGUUAACCCUGCGAUCGAUAGCUGUGACGAGAAGAUGUUGCCCAAGGUGAAUAUGCUGUUCGAUGGAGAGAGUGAUGCGUAUGAGUUCUACAAUGCAUAUGCGGAAAAGGUGGGCUUCUUUGUCCGAAGGUCAACGCUUUGGACGACAUCAAAGAACAUAAUCACUAGGAGAACCUUUGUGUGCUCGAGAGAGGGUUUCCGGGAGAAGAAGAAGGGAGCAAAGGAAGCCAAGUGUCCGCGUCCUGAAACACGAAUUGGAUGCCCAGCAAGCUUGACCAUUAGACUCACUGCUAAUGGCAAGUACCGUUUGACAGAGUUUGUGCCGAAUCACAACCAUCAGCUGGCAACGGCAUCUACAGUUCACAUGCUGAAAGCAAAGGAAAUCAGGCGCAAAGCACGGGCUGCGAGAGAAAAUCUGGCAGAUGAUACUGUGAGUACACCAGAAUUUGAGAAUGAAGAUGAGGCAUAUGAAUUUUACAGCAUGUAUGCGGGGAAAAUUGGGUUCAGCGUGCGUAGGGCUAGCAUGACGGUGAAUACCGAGAAUGUUAUAACCAGAAGAAUGUUUGUUUGUUCAAAAGAAGGGUUCCGUGAGAAGAAAAGAGGAGCGAAAAGAGUAAAGAACCCUCGACCAGAAACGCGGACUGGCUGUCCGGCAUGUAUGGUCAUCAGGCUUGGAACUAACGGCAAAUAUCAAGUCACAGAAUUUGUUACCUGCCACAAUCACCAGCUUGGGGCUGCAGCAGCUUCUGAUCUUGUCAUGGCAUCUGGGAGUACAGAAAAUGAUCAAGAUGAUGGAGUUGAUCAGGCAGAUAGAUCACCCGAUAAUUCUGUUCACACGCAAAAUCUGAUUAAUGGAAGUGCCACUCUAAAUUCCCUAGAACGUAGAAGUUGCAAAAGAUACAAGUGUACAAAGACUCCACACUCAGGUGAUGUUGGUGCUACACUAGAGUACCUGCAAAAGGCGCAACAUGAUAACCCUUCAUUCUUCUAUGCUGUAAAAUCUGAUGAGGAUGGGAACUUCACGAAUUUUUUCUGGGCAGAUUCAAAAUCUAUUGUGGACUUUUUUCAUUUCGGUGACGUAGUAUGUUUUGAUUCAGGAUAUGCAUUGCAAGGCUAUGAUAGGCCAUUUGCUUUGUUUACGGGUGUGAAUCAUCAUAAGCAGACAGUAAUCUUUGGUGCUGCAAUUAUCUAUGAUGAAAGUAAAGAAGCUUUCAAAUGGUUAUUAGAUACUUUCAAGAUGGCAAUGAAUGGAACACAUCCCAAGACAUUGUUAACUGAUAGAUCUGUUGCCUUAAGUGAAGCUGUUGCGGCCACGUUGCCUGCUACGGCCCAUCGUUAUUGUGUGUGGCAAAUUUACCAAAAUGCUCUGCAGCAGCUGAGUCAAGCUUUCCAUGGUUCAAAAACUCUAGAAUGCAACUUCAAGAGAUGCCUAUUUGAUUGUGAGGAUGAAGAUGAGUUUGUGACAGCAUGGAAGGAAAUGUUGGAAAAGUAUGACCUAGAAGAUAAUCAAUGGCUAGCAGAUUUGUUCUCAAUAAAGGAGAAAUGGGCACUGGCAUAUGGCCGCGAUGCAUUUUAUGCUGAUAUGAAAAGCGUCCAGCAAAAGGAAAGUUUGACAAGUGAGCUGAAGGAACAUCUAUCCUUGGAAUGUGACCUUUUGAACUUCUUUGAGCAGUUUGAAAGACUGUUGUGUGAUCGUCGAUCUGCAGAGCUGGAGGCUGAUGUGAAUGCUAAUCAGAGUACGAAGAAGCCACCUUCUAUGCGAAUGUUAAGGCAAGCUGCCACUGUAUAUACACCUUCUGCCUUUAAAAUGUUUGAGAGGGAAUUUGAAUUAUACAUGGAUUGCAUGCUCUACAUCUGUGGUGAGAUGGGCACAAUUUUCGAGUAUAGAAUAAGUGUCGAGGACAAACCAAGAGAUCACUUUGUUAAAUUUGAUUCAGUCAAUUCCAUGAUGAAUUGUACUUGUAAGACGUUUCAAUUUAUUGGCAUCCCAUGUCGCCAUAUGCUGAAGGUACUUGACACGAGGAAUAUCAAGGACCUUCCUAUUCAGUACAUCGUGAAAAGGUGGAGGAAGGAUGCCAAAUCAGGAUCCUCAAAUGGCGGUUGUGCUUUCUCAUUUGAUGGUGAUCCUGAUUCUGCUCACAUAAAACGUUAUAAUUUUCUGUGUCGGAUGUUCAGUAUAGCAGCUGCUAGGGCUGCAACUUCUGCUGAAUCAUUUGCAUAUAUGGAAAACCACUCAAACAUACUGAUGGAUCAAAUAGAGCAAGUUAUUCAAACCAGGCCCCCUGGCAUAGCUGACCUUAUUGGUGCUAAUUGUGACCGAACUCAAAAUUCAGUUGACAAUAUUGUUUCUGAAGGCAUUCACAGUCAUACUAAUUUUCUUAAUGGCUCCACUGAUGGCUCUCUAACAUUUCCGUUCACAUUGGGUGCUGGCACAUUGGAUUACCGCUGACUGGCACCUACUGUUUGGAUGGCAAAAUGACAUAAUGGAUGUUCUACUAAUCUGUUGGUGACUUCACAUUAACUGCAGAGCUGCAAAUACACUGGCACGCCUAUUUCACAGGUCUUUGGCAGGCCUGAUAUUGUUUCUACCAUAGCUUUUCACCAAAAGAAAGAGUCAUUUUUCCCUCCGCCAGCACAACUGUAUAUACUUGCUGGGAAAGGAUCUUUCAUGAGGUCACAUCACAUCACCUGGUUUUCCAGCCUGGUGAUUGUGCACAGGAUGUUCCUGGUAAUUUGAGGGACUACGCGUGUUGCCAGUUUAACAAGGUGAUGCUGCCGAGCUUAACCAAAGCGAGCUGCUGUGUUUUUAACGCGUGCUGUACUGUGCAUGCUGGUUCAGUAGCCUUGUCAUCCCAGCUCUGUAAUAUACAGAUUUUGUACGUGAGAGGCACAUGAAUUCGGGAAAUGAGAAUGAGGACGUGAGGGUGUUUGGACAUAAGAACUAAAGUUCAAGAUGUGUCACGUACUCACGUCGGAUGUUACGGGGUGUUGUAUAGAGUAUUUGGAUUCUAAUAAAAAAAUUGCAGAUUCUAUUAGUAAUCCGCGAGACAAAUUUAUUAAAUUUAAUUAAUUUAUCGUUA